GGGUCUACUUCGUCUCAUUUGCUUCAACUCAGCGACUUCUUUCUGACGAUUGGGAAGUGAGGUGCUGGACAUUUAUGCCGGUGGACAUUCUGGACGUUGAUAUAGAUAAGUUUGCUGCACAUGGAUGCUGGUGCAAGGGGUCUUGAAGUUGGUGGAAACGGUGAUGACGACUUGUGCUCUGAGAGUAGCGUGGAGAAAUCAUCGUCUGGGGGUAUAGGGGGUCGUGUUCCUCAGAUCGGGCUCGCCUCGUUGGUUGCUUAUUGAAUUGGGUCGUGGAGAAGAAUGGCUGACGGUGGUGGAAAUUCGGAAGAGCAGAUACGAAGCGUGGAUGGCCAGAUACGAGACUUGAACGACCAGAUUCAAAGCGUGCACGAGCAGAUAAGAAUAGUGGAAGAGAAGAUAGGAAGAUUGGAAGAGGAGAUCAACAGAUGCCCUGGCGAUGAGGAGAGGAAGCUACUGCGGGGCAAGGAAGCGCUACUGCGCGGCGAGAAAGCGCAACUUCGGGACAGGGAAGCGCAACUCGGGGGCGAGAAAGCGCAACUCCGGCAACGACGAGGUCACUCCUAUCACCCGUCACUUGUCAUUGAAGGCCCAUCUCCUCAGACCUGGGCACAGAAUAUGAGUGGCUGGUGCAGAAGGUCGUGCCGCCGACUCGCUCUUCACGGGCUGGCGUUUACCCAAGCAGCUCGAGCCAUGCACGGAUGUGGUUACCUGUCAGAGUAGAGCAUUGGGAUGUAAUGAACGAGAUCGAAGAAUUUCUAGAAAGCGCAGAUAGAAGGAGGCGUGUGUUUCGAAUGGCUGUCACCGCUGUCACUCAGGACACUAGACUGGAAGAGAAGCAUGAGAAUCAUCAUAUCGCUUUUAUCCUGGGGGAAAUGGUAUCUUUUAUGCAGAAGAAGGAGCCGCAGUCUAACCUUCACUUUAAGUCGGAAUUCAUUAUCUUCAGCAAGAGAAAAGGCGGAAAUGACGGGAUAGGAUCGAGUGAGGGUGCGAGUUCAAGUGCCAUGGUUGACGUUUAUUCCGGAAGCCCUAGAGCAGAUUUCGUAAUCACUUUAAAGGAGAAGAAUGCUUUGGUCUUCGAGGUCAAGAAUGAAGGUCUGGGAAGUGACGGAGAUGACCCCUGGUUUCUCCACCGAUUUUGGACAGACUGCUCUUGCACAUCAGGAGAGGGCAGGUGCGGGUUCGCCGUUUUUGGCAUCACGCCAUCUCAAGGUGAAAGGAUCACCCGCUGUAUUAGUCAGUUGUAUGAGUACAUGGUUCUGUGUAAGGUGGGUUACGGUGUUCUAACCGAUGCAAGAAAUUGGUAUCUCUUCAAACGGGAUAAUGCCGGCUGCCUCAAAAUAUCAGCUGGUAUUACGGCGAGUGCUGAGCCCCCGCGUGUGCUCGCUGCGUUGUCAUAUUUGGUGCACGCUGCUGCAGUGGAUAACUCUGAGUUUGGUGACCCAACGGGGAAUGGCCAAUUUCCCUUAGUUCAUGAAGCUGCCCCCUCUGAACAUUCCGACGAAAGCAGUGAUGACGACAUCAAUGAUCGAACCUUUACAGCACGUGUGAGCCAAAAUAUCUCUUCCUCUGGAAAACGAAGGUCUGAAAGACAUAGCUCGGGUGGGGCGCAGCUGGCUUUGGAAGAUGUCCCCGCGGAGGACCUGAACCUGAAAAAGGCGGGCGGUGUCAUAAGUAGUGAGGGGUGGAGUGGAUGCGUUGUUAAUGGCCGUUUGCGUGGCCAACCUGUUGCAUUGAAGUUUGCCCACUUAGGCACGGAACGUGCGGAGGUGAGCCGGAGUUGUGUCAUGUGGAAAUGUUGCGUUCACAUCUCACAGUGGCUGCUACUUCAUCUAAUCCGGGGACUGAGGAGGAGAGGUCCUGUUUGUGACAUCUUUACUGACAGCCCAUCUUUGGCCGCGCUUGUGCAGGCUCUCCUGAAGGAGGUGGUUGCCUAUACGAGGAUGGAGAAGCUUUGGGGGGUUUUUGUUCCUCGAUUAAUAGGAUAUGGAACCACAAAUAACGGUCGGGUUGUAUUUAUCGCAACUGAAUUGAUUGACGGUGUUGAGCUUGGAGAAGUGGCGGUGACCCGGGAGGUGGAGACUGCAGCGCUUGAAGCGCUUGCUGCAGUCCAUGCAUGCGGGUUGCUUCAUGGAGAUGUUUCCUUAAGUAACAUUAUGGUUGUGUGGGGAAAGAAGCCUACUGUCCGCAUCCUGGAUUUUGGCUUCUCGUGUAUUACCAGCAACAAGAAGUUACAGGAGGCAGAGCGCGUGCGCUUAAAGCGUCUUUUUUUCACACAUGGUGGAGCAGCGGGGGAAGAAGCAAAUGAUGCAAGAUAUCCUUAUAUUCUGCCUUGUUAAAUGCAAGGCAAGCCCUUGUCCAAGGAACGUUCACUUAUCUUGUUACAGCUAGAAGUAUCGUGUUAAUGGCAUCAGAGCAGGGUCAACUCUCCAUUUGGAGAGUGCUAUCGUGCGCUUGAUACUUUGCGGCGUGUCUAGAAACAGAGAGAUCGUGAAUUAUGCAUUUGCAUCCAUGCUCGACUAGGUCCAAUUUGAACCAGCUGACAGAUUCUGACUGGUUAUGUGUAUCUGUUGCUGAAGGGUUAUAUGUAUCUGUAGAAAUUGAUGCCAGCAGGCAGGUAGGCGUGCACUAUUUUUUGGUCUCAAAGACAUACAUUGAUAAAACAUGAUGUGCAGAGGGGACGUUGGAUGUACUUUUAAAUAAAAGAUUGGAUUGUGACUUCUAUUGUCAA